UUCUUUUAUCAUCGUUAUUCAAAUUCAAAUUACGCUUUUUCGUUUGAUUUAGAAAUUCAUCAUUCUCAUAUAUGAGAAACUUUAAAUUUCGUCUCUGAUUAUUCAUUUUAGUUUCUGUUAAGACACUUAGGCGGUAUUAUUGAUUUUCGUCUCUGAUUAUUGAUUACUCUAUUUCAUAGAACAAAUAAGGAAGUUAAAGAGUUUAGGAUAUCAUGAUCAUCUUUUUAGAAAACUUAUUCUGCAAUUUUUUCAUUUAAGAAAUUAAUAUUCUUCUGUUUUCUUACAAUGUUUGAUGUGUGCAAAGUUUCAAGGAAUAGUAAGAUGAAGGAAGAGAUCAUUACUAUUAAUAUAAAAUGUGACUAGAAAAAGGACAAAGGUUAACAUUCUCUUAGAACGGUGACAUGGAGUAUGACAUUAUUGUCAGGUUAGGUGUAGUCACACGAAGUCCCUAACAUUGGACAAAGAACCAUGAGAAGGGGAUUUUAAAAAUUAAGAUUAUUGACAUUAAUUAUUCGUUCUCAGCAACAAUUUGAUAUGAUUGUAGGAGUCUUAAGUUGAAUCACGUAUUCACAUGGUGAAUAUACGAUGUGCAUGCUAUUUAUGGGAGUGAGUAGCAAGAAUACUUUAGUGGUGAAUUUGAGCACUUAUUGAGGGCUAGAAUACCAAGGUGCCAUACUUGAUUUUUUGGGUUUUUUGUCGGGUAUGGAUUUAAGUUAAAUAUUGUUGGUUUUCCAUUAUUAAACUACUCUAUUGUUAAGCAUCAAUGAAUCAAAUAGGUAAUAGAGUAAUUUUACCAACAAAACUUAACUACCUAUUUGUUUCACCAAGAUUGGUGCUUUUGGUCAUAAACUUACGAUUAUUACCCUGUAAGAAAGCCCAAAAAAUCCCUAGUAUUAUAGCCUUAGUAAGUACUCAAAUUCACCCCUGAAGUGUUCUUGCUAUCCACAAACAUAAAUAACAUGCACAUUAUAUAUUCACGACGUGCAUGAACAAAAAUUUAUGUGAUUCAACUUACGAUCCUCCUCAAAUCAAAUUUUUUCUUAAGAGUUAGACCUGAGGGUUACUUGAUGACAAUAAUCUUAAUUUGAAAAUCUCAUUCAUUCUUUGGUUAUUGGCAUUCCUUUGUUAGGCACUUCAUGCACAUCGCCAGAUGACUACACCUUGUAAUGGGACCAACAAGCGUUAUUUUUGGUUAAUCAUUACCCUCCCUUGUAUAAUGAGCACAUGGUUUCUAGUCAAUUACAAAAACAACAUCUGCUGGGAUGAUUCCAUACCUCUGGUCACCCUUCUCUGACUAGGUCAAUGGCUUCUUCAGAUGCAUGGGUGAAGGAAUAUAAUGAAGCAACGAAACUUGCCGAGGAUAUCAGCAGCAUGGUUUCUGAGUGGAGUUCCUGUCCUGCAUCUGGACCGGAAGCCCAGCGGCAAUCAUCUUCUACAAGAAAGAAGAUUACAAUAUUAGGGACUAGGCUUGAUAGCUUGCAAUCCCUUUUAUCAAAGCUUCCUGGAAAGCAGCCUCUAUCCGAGAAGGAGGAGAAUCGUCGAAUGGACAUGCUUGCAAAUUUGAGAUCAAAAGUUAACCAAAUGGCUUCUACUCUGAACAUGUCAAAUUUUGCAAACAAGGAUAGGUUGGUUGGUCCAGAAGUAAAACCAGAUGUAAUGAGUAGAACUGUUGGCCUGGACAACAACGGACUUGUUGGAUUUCAACGACAAAUUAUGAAAGGUUACUUAAGUAGAUUGUUUGACAAUAUAUUACUUGGAAUCUGUUCUUUCAAUCUGAUAGCACUCUUUUUUUUUUUUUUGUUUGACAAACUUAUUAAUUAUACACACUAAAAAAAAUUAGCGAGAAAUUUUCUAGGUUGACAAUUUUUUUUGUACAAAUUAUUUUUACGUUGACAAAUUUUAAUUGGUAUAUAGUUCAUUUUUUCUUCUAAUAA